AUGCAAGACAUAUCAAGACUGAAAGACUUCGUCUUUUCUCGACAGCAAACUGCAUCAUGGCACAUGCAGAGCUUGACCAGUCUGCAAGCAUGUUUGAACCUCGCACUUGACACACUUCGCAAGGAGAUAGACAGCUCUCAACUUCCCCCCCUGAGCCAGCAAAGCUCAGUAGCACACCCAUUGGAUGACCCAACAACAUACCUACCUAGUACGGGGUUGUUUGACGCUCGCCGCCUCUCUUUAGCAUGUCUGGGAGAGCUAAAGAACCUUAUCCAGUCGCCUUUGGAUAAGAUCAUGGAUGAGAGGUUCACGGUAUAUGGUGUUGCCUGCACUGACACCCUUAUCAAGACCGGCAUUAUCGACUACCUGUCUGAUGUGCCAAACCCCUCCCAAGGUGUCCCGGCUGCCGAACUGGCCUCCAAAUUUGAACUUGAUUCUCGAAAAAUUGUUCCCAUUCUUCGUUGCUGUGCAGCCAGCGGUUGGGUCAGGGAGACCCGUGAUUCGUCAUUUGCUUUGAACAGAUGCGCGCGCACUUUUAUUGAAGGCAACGCUGGUCGAAGACUGAACUUUUCUAUGCCUGGAUUUAUGUCGAUAAUAGAAACCAUACCACAUUGGGUGGCGGAAUCGGAUUGGAAGUUGUCACGUUCUCCAGACCAGACUGCUUUUCAAAUCGCGUUCAAAACACCCUUGGUGGCAUUCUCUUGGAUUAUGGAGAAUCCAGAUGUCCUCGUUCCAAUCGCGGAACAUCUUCAAGUCUUUGGUGACAUGUCUACGCCGAGUAUCGUGGCGGACUACCCAUGGGAACAGUUGCAAACCCCCGUCAUUGUUGAUUGUGGAGGAGGGGAGGGCGGUCUAGUUUCGUCCAUCCUAGAUGCGCAUCCUUCCUUCCGAGCCAUCGUGCAGGACAUGGAGAAUGUAGUCGCACUGACAAGUUCGAUCAUGGAAGAUCGCCGCCCUCGCGACGUCGCAAAUGGUGUACUCAAGGUGGAAUCCCAUGAUCUUUUCCAGCCUCAGCCUCGGAUUGGAAACGAGUAUAGCUUUAUCUUGCGUCAUAUAAUGCAUGAUUGGCCGGACAAAGAAGCGCUCAGUGCACUGGGUCCCAAGUCCAAGAUACUCAUCAUCGACAUGGUAGCUGUCCCGAAUGUAGAUUCGACUGCUACGAGCGUACAAUCGUUGGUGCAUGACAGCAGAGCUAAAGGUCCCGACUACAGGAUUCCAUCGCACUUUGGUUCAGCAUCUAAAAUCGUAAGCGGUUCUUCUGUGCACAUGAUGACCCUGAUAAAUGGUUGCGAGAGAUCUUUGCGCGAGUGGGAGAAAUUGAUAAAGGGGUGCGGGCUCCGUAUCACGAACAUUUACCCGCUGCGAGCUCACACUUCUAUCAUUGAAUGUGCACUUGAUACACGAGCAUUGUUGUAA